GGAGGCCAUCCGCCUCGCCCGCGGCCCUCUUGCCCCCGGCGCCGGAUCCCUAGCUCGCUCACUUCGCCGCCGCUGCCGCUGCCGCUGCCGCCGCCGUCGCCGCCGCCGCAGCCGCCGCGCGCCUCCGUCCCCGGACUCGUUGACAACCUGAAGAAGCGGUGCUGCUGAGCGAGGCCUGCCCCGCCCGGUCGUACGGCCAGGUAGUUGCCACCGGAGGGUUGAGAAACGACGGCGACUGCCCUUCUUCCCGUGGAUUACUGACUGGUGGUGGACAUCGAGCUCUUUAGGCAGAUCGCUGACGAUGGCGGAAGCUCACCAAGCCGUGGCCUUCCAGUUCACGGUCACUCCGGACGGGAUCGACCUGCGGCUGAGCCAUGAAGCCCUGAAGCAGAUCUACCUGUCCGGACUUCAUUCCUGGAAAAAGAAGUUCAUUAGAUUCAAGAAUGGCAUCAUCACCGGCGUGUACCCGGCCAGCCCCUCCAGCUGGCUCAUCGUGGUGGUGGGCGUGAUGUCCACCAUGUACGCCAAGAUCGACCCCUCGCUGGGGAUCAUCGCGAAGAUCAGUCGGACCCUCGACACCACGGGCUGCAUGUCCAGCCAGACGAAGAACGUGGUCAGCGGUGUGCUGUUCGGCACAGGCCUGUGGGUGGCCCUGAUCUUCACCAUGCGCUACUCCCUGAAGGUGCUGCUGUCCUACCACGGCUGGAUAUUCGCCGAGCACGGCAAGCUGAGCCGCGCCACCAGGAUCUGGAUGGGUAUGGUCAAGGUGUUUUCAGGCCGAAAGCCCAUGUUGUACAGUUUCCAGACGUCCCUACCACGCCUGCCUGUCCCUGCCGUGAAAGACACCGUGAACAGGUAUCUGGAGUCGGUGAGGCCUCUUAUGAAGGAAGCCGACUUCAAGCGGAUGACAGCUCUCGCCGAAGAUUUUGCUGUCAACCUCGGGCCAAAACUGCAGUGGUACCUGAAGUUAAAGUCCUGGUGGGCUACCAAUUACGUGAGCGACUGGUGGGAGGAGUACAUCUACCUCCGGGGCCGGGGGCCACUGAUGGUGAACAGCAACUACUAUGCGAUGGACCUGCUGUACGUGAUACCCACGCACAUCCAGGCCGCGAGGGCGGGCAACGUCAUCCACGCCAUCCUGCUCUACAGGCGCAAGCUGGACCGGGAGGAACUCAAACCAAUCCUUCUUCUGGGAUCCACAGUCCCGCUCUGCUCCGCCCAGUGGGAGCGGAUGUUCAACACGUCGCGGAUCCCAGGAGAGGAGGCGGACACCAUCCAGCACAUGCGGGACAGCAAGCACAUCGUCGUGUUCCACAAGGGACGCUACUUCAAGGUCUGGCUCUACCAUGACGGCAGGCUGCUGAGGCCCCGGGAGAUCGAGCAGCAGAUGCAGAGGAUUUUGGACGACCCGUCGGAGCCGCAGGCCGGGGAGGCGACGCUGGCGGCCCUGACUGCGGGAGAAAGAGUCCCCUGGGCCAGGUGCCGCCAAACCUACUUCGCGCGUGGGAAGAACAAACAGUCCCUGGAUGCGGUGGAAAAGGCCGCGUUCUUCGUGACGUUGGACGACACGGAGCAGGGGUACAGGAAGGAGGACGCCGAGAAGUCGAUGGACAGCUACGCCAAGUCUCUGCUGCAUGGCAGGUGUUUUGACAGGUGGUUUGACAAGUCCUUCACGUUCAUCGUCUUCAAAAACGGGAAGAUGGGCCUGAACGCCGAGCACUCCUGGGCCGACGCCCCCAUUGUGGCGCACCUCUGGGAGUACGUCAUGGCCACGGACAGCUUCCAGCUGGGCUACUUGGAAGACGGACACUGUAAAGGAGACGCCAACCCGAACAUCCCGUACCCCACCCGGCUGCAGUGGGACAUCCCGGAGGAGUGCCAGGAGGUGAUAGAGACGUCCCUGGCCAGCGCGAACCUUCUGGCCAACGACGUGGAUUUCCACUCUUUUCCCUUCGAAGCAUUCGGCAAAGGGCUGGUGAAGAAGUGCCGCACGAGCCCGGACGCCUUCGUGCAGAUGGCCCUGCAGCUGGCGCACUACAAGGACAUGGGCAGGUUUUGCCUCACGUACGAGGCCUCCAUGACCCGGCUGUUCCGCGAGGGGAGGACGGAGACGGUGCGGUCCUGCACCACGGAGUCGUGCAACUUCGUGCUCGCCAUGGUGGACCCCUCCCAAACGGUUGAGCAGAGACUCAAAUUAUUCAAGACCGCCUGUGAGAAGCACCAGCACAUGUACCGCCUGGCGAUGACCGGCUCUGGGAUCGACCGCCACCUCUUCUGCCUCUACGUGGUGUCCAAGUACCUCGCCGUCGAGUCUCCGUUCCUGAAGGAAGUCCUGUCCGAGCCUUGGAGGUUGUCCACCAGCCAGACCCCGCAGCAGCAGGUGGAGCUGUUUGAUCUGGAGAGGAACCCGGAGUACGUGUCCAGCGGAGGGGGCUUUGGGCCGGUUGCCGACGACGGCUAUGGCGUGUCAUACAUUUUGGUGGGAGAAAACCUCAUCAAUUUCCACAUAUCCUCCAAGUUCUCCUGCCCUGAGACAGAUUCUCAUCGCUUCGGGAAGCACCUGAGACAAGCGAUGACUGACAUCAUCACUCUGUUUGGGUUCGGCUUCAACUCUAAAAAGUAACUCCCACGAUAGUCACUGGGAAGGAAAAUGAGCUCUUCUGAUUAAAAACCAAAUGAAAAAUAGCUAUUAAUCCUGAUCGUAGUUCAGGAUGAAAAAUUGCCCUAAAAAACUGAGAAGUUUUCUUGCCGUCAAGGGUUUGGUGUUUUUGUUUUUGUUUUUUUUCCCCUAGAACAGCAGCCUCCGCCACCCCGACUUGGGGGACCUUUGAGGGAGUGCCCCCAAAAGUCUUCACAUUAACUUGUGUUUAUUGAGGGACUAAAAUAUCGCGGUGCUCACGAAGGAGUCAGUGGGGCUGUGACUUCGCACGUGUUGGGAGCAGCUGCACUUCCUCGGUGGCGACCCAGCACCUGGUACUUAGGGGCAUUUCAUUUUAUCAGAGCAGCGUAAGCGUAUGUUCCCUCCAGAGAGAAGGGCGUCGUGUGGGUCGAGGAGGGUGGCUGUUAACAGCUGACGCACAUAUAACACAGUAACUGAAAUUGUCAUGCUUUUGGAAGCAGCUUUCGUCCCUGCGGUGCCCGUCCUCGUCCAGCCUGGCCGCAUGCACGCCUGUCCGUGCGGGAAGCACGCAGUGUGCGCAUCUUUCACUUCCCAGACCUUGUGAGUGUUCCAAACCCGGUGCCUUAACCUCGGAAGGCCCUAAAUGUGAGGGAGACCAGAUGAGAGGUUUAUUUUGUAAAUAAAUAAAUAUAACUAUAGGUGUCUUACUCCUUCUCAAGUCACUGAGUGGAUCACCCUAAAUAGGCAUUUUCUGUGGUUCUCCCACCCCUAGAAAGCCCGGUUCCCCUAUGGGGCAGCUGUGGGUUCCUCCGUUGCGCUGCCUCCCCUGGAGAGUUGGCGUGCGUCAGGAACGGGGCAGGUUGGGCAGCGUGCUCAGGUACCGUACGUCUAGCGUAGUCCCUGCCCGAUAACAUACAAUGUGCGUUCAGUGGUACUGCUUACCCCAACCAAUGGCAAUCGACCCUGACGUUUGCCCCUGAGAAAGGAACAAAACCUGAGAAAAGAAGAGGAACCUCCAAAUGGCCGGGAGAGGGCAGCGCCACAGUGCCUGGCAGAGCGCUUUCUAAUCCCACCUGGUCAGAGAGAAGACCCCCCUCUGCUUCCAAAGGAGAUGGGGGGCCAGUGCGCCGGGUCAUCUUGGUGACCGGCCAAAAUGUCACGGGUGAUGAGUGCUGGGUCUGACGCAGCCCACCCUUCAGAUAGGAGUGCCUUACCAAAAAAGGGUGAGUGACCAAAAAAGCAAUUAUGCACUGAAUCGUCUUCAGUAUUUAAUGUAAAAAGAAAGGAUCCUGGAGUGAAUACCCACUGUCUCUGUGCUGUUGUGACAAGCUCGGCUGUCCCUUUAGGCAACUGUGUAUUUAUUUUUCUGACCACUUCGCCCUGGCUGGGCUUGCCUCGGGACAGCCCCGCACUUGGGGCAUCGGUGGGGCUGACCUGCUGGAGGCGCUCGCCCCAGGGCACAUGGGGCUGUCUCCCUGUCUGCAUUGUAAUGUAAAAACCCCACCUGAUGGGCCAAAGAUGUAUUUCUCUUGAAAGCAAGAAGUGAGAACAGAAGAAAAAAAAAAAACCCGCAGUAUGAAACCCCCUGCUUAUCUGUGGUACGCGGUCCAGGAGAUGUGGGCCAGAGCCCCCUCCGCCCCAGGCGGCGUGGCUUCCAGUCAGGGCCCCCUAAACCCUGCGUCAUUGACCGCUGACCAGUCUGUAUUACCUGGCAUUCCAAUGUCCACAUGUUAGCACUCAAACAUAUUUGGGCUUAUCUCUCAGGUUUUAAAUAUUUUUGCAAAUCAGUGCCGUUGUCAAUGCAACUUUUCUAUUCCUUAAAAGACAGAAGAGUGGAUUUUUACUGUACAUGUUGAAAGGAAGAGAUAGGAGUAUUGUGUGUUUAAUUUAACUUGGAAUGAACCGCAGUCUUACUGGAGCUGUGGUUUGAAUUUGUUAUCUUGGACUGUCCUUUGCAUGUAAAUACAAUAUGCUCUUUUGGAUGUAAAUCUUAGAAAUGCAGAAUGAAUCUUGUCAUUAAUAAAAACAUUAAUCCC